ACUAUUUUAAAAACUGCUGAGAAUUCAUGAGCACUCUUAUGUGCAUCCUUAUUAUUCCAGCAAUAGGCGUAGUCAGCCCUAAGAGGGCCUGUGCAACCAGCACUCCCUCAGCUGCCCCUGGAGGGGUCAGACUCUGCCCUUUAGACUCUUUGUACACAUCACUCCUAUGGGUGAGUCCCCUGAUCUUUCUCCUGACACCUGCCAUGUUAUCAUUGGAUUUCUUUUCACCUUGUGCCUCAGCUUUGAAGGGCAGUAAGAGAAAAGUGCGUGGCUUAUACCUGCAUGACAUUUGCACCUGGCUUGCAAAGGGCAUACUAGCCUCUGGCUCCAGCCGUCAUGAGUGACUUUGCUCACAAGGGACAGAAGGAAGCUUUGUGUUUCCUUUGAUAUUUGCCAGUGAUCUUACACACUUGUAUUUCAAUUUUGUCCAGACAGUUGUCAAUCUCAUUUAGACUGUGUUGAGUUUGCUUUGGGUUACACAGGCUUAAAAAAAACUUCCAGCUCAGAGAGUUGAGUGAGUGGCUCCCCACCAGCCUCAGCAGCCCUGGUCCUGCUCACAGUUGUUGUCCACGUGCUCCUGGUCCUGAACUCUGUGGAGCUUUUUGGGUGGGGAAGGCCAGCCUUCUCCUGUAACCACGCACAGUGCUGUCCCUGUGUGGCCUUCCUCUUGCUGGUUUCGCUAUAGAUAUUGGAGCUAUAGUCUGGCUGAUUGUGUGGCCUCCAGACCGGGGACCCUGGCUGUCUCCUCAGUGGACCCUUGUCCUUUCUGAAGGGACCCUGAGCAUCAAUAGGGAGGCUGGCAGGCCUCAGCACUUGGCUGAGUGUCACAAGUCCCAGCAUUGCAGUGUGAGUCCACACGGCUCUAGGAAACCCUUUUCCCCUCUGGGUUUCAGUUUGCUUAUCUGUAACAUGAGGGGCUGGACAUGAGGCAGGCAGUAAAGAGGGCAUUUUAGUGUACCAGUCAGGGGUGCUGCUAAUGGCAUCUAGCAGGGGGAAGUCAGGGAUUCUGUGCUGCUCAAGUUCACAAAGUGCCCUGGACAGCUCAGAGGGUCCAGGAAGCCCUCAGGGUCUUUUUAGAUGUUCUUUGACUCCCUUUUUAAUGCCCUUGACUGGGCUUGGAAGCAAUGCUUCUUACGGAUAUCCCUCUGUUAAUAAGAGUUGCCACCUGAAUGUGGCUGUGGAAGAGAUAAAGAGAGUCAUGGUAGAAGAGUGCUGGGGACCUUGACCCAUGGGUUCUUGCCCACAUACCUGGUGUGGAGCCUUUCCUCUCUGGGAUUAAGGCUUGUGGUCACGUGGAUCUAGACUUAUGAGACGUGCCUGGAGCAGUAGCCAAGUCCCCCAAUCUGCCCUGAGAGGUACAGGGGCUGAGAGCUCUGCCUUGUACCAUGUUGGCUGCUGUCCCUGACCUUCUAUUCACACACCCUGCCUCAGGAAGUGCCUGACGGUGGCCUGGUGCUCCAGGCUACAGCCACUUCACCUAAAGGCCUCUGUGCCCACAGUUCCUUCGAGUCACCAAGCAGUAUCUCCCUCACGUGGCCCGCCUCUGCCUGAUCAGCACCUUCCUGGAGGAUGGCAUCCGCAUGUGGUUCCAGUGGAGCGAGCAGCGUGACUACAUCGACACUACCUGGAGCUGUGGCUACCUGCUGGCCUCAUCCUUCGUGUUCCUCAACUUGCUGGGACAGUUGACUGGCUGUGUCUUAGUGUUGAGCAGGAACUUCGUGCAGUAUGCCUGCUUUGGGCUCUUCGGAAUCAUAGCACUGCAGACGAUCGCCUACAGCAUUUUGUGGGACUUGAAGUUUUUGAUGAGGAACCUGGCCCUGGGAGGAGGCUUGUUGCUGCUCUUAGCAGAGUCCCGUUCGGAAGGGAAGAGCAUGUUUGCAGGUGUUCCCACCAUGCGUGAGAGCUCUCCUAAGCAGUACAUGCAGCUCGGAGGCAGGGUCUUGCUGGUCCUGAUGUUCAUGACCCUCCUUCACUUUGAUGCCAGCUUCUUUUCUAUCAUCCAGAACAUCGUGGGCACAGCUCUGAUGAUCUUGGUGGCUGUUGGCUUUAAAACCAAGCUGGCGGCUUUGACUCUUGUUGUUUGGCUGUUUGCUAUCAAUGUGUAUUUCAACGCCUUCUGGACCAUUCCAGUCUAUAAGCCCAUGCAUGACUUCCUGAAGUACGACUUCUUCCAGACCAUGUCGGUGAUUGGAGGCUUGCUCCUGGUGGUGGCUCUGGGCCCUGGGGGUGUCUCCAUGGAUGAAAAGAAGAAAGAGUGGUAACAGGCAGAUCCCUACCCUACCUGGCCAAGACCUGUGCCCUUGUGGACUGGUUCAGGGUGGAGUCAACAAACUGCCAGCAGUUCCGUGUCCUCUUCCCUCCCCUCCCUUGGUAAAGGCACCGAUGUUUGAGAACUUUA